AUGGACGAUGUGAAAGAAUGUUGUGGCUCAGGAUGCAACAAUUGUGUCCUUGAUAGGAAGUUUACAAAGCCUUUCGUGAGUUCUGCGGAUAAUUUUAAGAAUAUUUUCAAUGGGAAUUAUGAGAAAUUCUCAGUAGAAUCUAUUGAACGUGUAGCAACAGGUGUCUAUUGCAUUUGUUUCGUGUACAAAGGAGGGCAAGAAGGAGAAGAAUCUCCCUGGAAAUUAGUCCUGAACAUCCCUCCAGGAUGGUAUCUUCAGCUACGAUGCAAUGCCAAUUUUAUUGAGAGACAAACAAAUUCAGCAUUCAGGGACUUUUCUUCCUACGACGAUCCAAAGGAUUUCAUAGCCCAGCUAGAGAGUCAAGAGAGAAAUGACAAGGAUACGUCCAAGGAUCUAAUAAGUCGUCCCUAUACCCCAAUUAAGCUCAAUGAGAAAAAUCUUUCAUUCAAUAUUCUCUUCAAAUUGGAGAAAUUCGGCAAAAUGUCGCAAAUUGUGACAAAAUUUAAUCCCGGGGAUGUUGUAGAAUUUAAAGGACCUUACGGGGAAUUAGUUUACACCCCAAAUACAUUCAGGCACAUUUACCUAUUUAGCCAUGGCGUAGCAAUUGCCCCGCUUUUCAGCUUUGCAUCGUCAGUGGUGAGGGAUGAAAGCGAUGAAACCUUCCUACACAUUGUUGCAUGCUACCGAAAUAUCAAUGAAAUCCUCCUUAGGGAUGAAAUGAAGGACUUGCAGCAAUUUUGGAAUUGCAAUGCGUCAAUAUUCUUGGCACAUGAAACAACCAACAUUGCGGAUCACGUUAAAAUCGGCGAAAGCAUAGUGAAAGGAAAACUCGGUGUGAAAGACAUUGAGGAGAUUGUUAAGUUUAAGGAUAAAACAUCAUAUUUUCUCAUAUGCGGUACAGAAAAAUUCUCAGGACUAAUUUGCAGUUGUUUAAGGAAUUUAGCCAUAGACAAUGACCGUAUUUUUGUAUUCAAAUAAAUUUUUCUUCUUAAAA